AUGUACAUGAUGACACGGGCUUGGAAUCGCAUCCAUGGGAAUCGCGCACUCGACUACACGCCGCUCCCGUUGACAGAGAAGGAGCCAUCGUCCUACACCAGGACACGGCGGCAUGUCCAAGCACACUGGCUGACCGCUGGGCGCGCCGUGCAGGUCAUGGCAGCCCUCUUCUGCGUUUACGGAACGAUACGUCUCCUUUCCACCUUCAAUCCUGACCCUUGCGACACCAUCGACAAAGGCUACCGUUGCAGCCCCAAGACGUCGCACUUCUGGGGCCAGUAUUCGCUGUGGUAUGCCGUACCCUCAGAUAUCGAUGUCGCACCCCCCAAGGGCUGCCAGGUCACUUUUGCCAACGUCCUCUCGCGACAUGGUGGCCGCGAUCCGACCAUGGGCAAAACGAUAGCCUACCAUCUUCUGAUCGCCGAGAUACAAAAUACUAGCACGGCAUAUCCCGGAGAGUUUCGCUUUCUGAAAGACUACGAAUAUAAUCUCGGCGCCGAUCAAUUGACAGAGGCUGGGCGACAAGAAAUGGUAAACUCAGGCGCGCACUUUUAUAACCGCUAUCGCAGCCUGAUUCAGAACAAUCCUCCUUUCGUUCGCGCAGGCGGACAAGAGCGAGUAGUCGAGUCGGCAGAGAAGUGGCUUACAGGCGUCGCUCAGGCACAAGGGAAGAAGGCAAAAGAAGUCCAUCUGAUCAUCCCAGAAGGAACAAAAUGGAACAACACUCUCUCCCAUGACACAUGCCCUGCCUUUGUCACUGGGCCCAGCCAUGGCCUGGGGGGAAGAGCAAUGGGGACUUGGGCGUCCAUAUUCGUACCACCAAUUCAGGAACGCGUCAACAAAGCCUUGGGUACAAACCUUACCCAAACCUCAAUCAUCUACCUAAUGGACAUGUGCCCGUUCGACACUCUAGCCAACCCAAAGGCAAAGAUGUCACAUUUCUGCAGACUGUUUACUGGCGAGGAAUGGCGUGCAUAUGACUAUCUGCAGUCGCUGGGCAAGUACUACGGCUACGGCCCGGGAAACCCACUAGCUCCCACCCAAGGUGUCGGCUAUGUGAACGAGCUUCUCGCACGGCUGACUGGACUGCCAGUCAAAGAUGACACCAAUACCAACCGCACCCUCGACUCUGACCCUAAAACCUUCCCACUAGAUCGCAAGGUUUAUGCGGACUUUAGCCACGACAACGACAUGAGCCAAGUGCUCGCAGCGCUCGGUUUGUACAAUAACACGAAACCUCUCUCAAACACGACUAUCGAGAGCACCGAGGAUACAAAUGGUUACUCUGCCGCAUGGACGGUGCCAUUUGCCGCGAGAAUCUAUGUGGAGAAGUUACAAUGUGUGCAGGACAAUGACGAUUACGUUCGUAUCAUCGUGAACGAUCGUGUGCAACCCCUAGAAUUUUGUGGAGGAAACAAGUAUGGGAUGUGCACGCUGAGCGACUUCGUCGCAAGCCAGAGUUUUGCAAGAAGCAGUGGGAACUGGGGCCAGUGCUUUGAGUAA